UUUGUCCUCCUGCAUGGAUCUGCUGCCUUUACUUCUAAUAUUUCAACCCAAAAUCUGCUUCCAAAUGCAACUGCUGGUCAGGAUCAGGAGGAUGCAGACUGGGAUUCAUCAUUUCUUCAGCUGAGAGCGAGUCUACCAUCCUACUCGCAGCCGAUCCGACCAUACUCCCUCCUGCCACAAGCUGAAGACUACUUCUACAUGCCCAAACCCAGACAUCGCCGGCCUUCUCGCCUCCUGCGUCUUCUUGGACCCUCUUUUGACCCGUUCUGGAUGUCCAUAGAUCAGCCUUCUGAGGCCUUGGAGGGAAGUCAACCUUUGCAGCAUGGACUACCCAACUACACCAUCUUCAAGGAGAAGUUUAACCUCAGUUCUUCAGAGCUGAGAGACGCUGCAGCGAGCCAUCGACAGAAGCUGGAGAAGGAAGCUGCAGAGCUGGACUUGAGUUCUCUGCCUUCAGAUGUUUCCAAUUCAGUCAGAAGCUGGUUGGUGCGUUCAGCGACAUGUGAUCUGCACUACCGAUGGGUAGAUCUGGGCCCAACUUUCUGGCCACGUUGGCUGCGGCAGACUGACUGUGAGCAAGCAGAUGGAGAGAAAAGUUGCUCCUUUCCCGGCGGGAUGAAAUGUGUUCGAGCUCAGACAACUCACAUAAAGAUCCUAGCUUGGCACUGCAUAGAAAUCAGAGACGGAUCCAGAGGGAUUAAAGAGGAAAGGUCUGAUGGCAGCAAGGAGAUGGAGACAGGUGAAGCACUGAAAAGGUGUUUAUGGAGACAAAUACCUUAUCCUGUGGUCACUGUAUGUGUGUGUUCAUGUUAAUGAGUGUUUUCCUCAUGUUUCAGUCCUCAUCUGCUGCUUGGUUUAUGUGUGCAUGC